AAUGUUAACAGACACUAACAGAAACAAAGUUUCAGCAUACUUUCCAGCUGCAUUAACUUUAGCUGAUCUUUAAAAUGAUUAGAUAAUGUCUGAGGAUUCAGAUAUUGAUUUAAGUUAAUCUAAAUUACAACGUCUUGGAAUUGACAUGAGUAGUCUUCAUGCUCCAGAAAGUUCUGAAAAAAAGGAUGAAUUAAGUGAUGUUAAAACAGGAUUGCAAGAGUUCAAUAGAUCUAUUUAAUAAUAUACUAAGAAAUUUAAUGAAUCACAAAGUAACUAAGAUCGUUUCAAUCUUUCAUCAAAUAUAGAACAAUUUAAAUAAAGAAUUUAAGAAUUAUAAGUAGAAUUGUAAACUGAUCCUCCUACUUCUGAUCCUUAUAAAAUAUCUCUACAUUCUAUCAGACAAACAACUGAUACUAAAACACCCUAAACAUUUACAACAAAUAAAUAACCAAAUCAAACAUAAAAUCAAUCAUAUUCUUCUGGAGGAUAAAGUUAUUAAUUGCCUCAUUUACAUUCUACAAACAAUAAAACUGUUUAGAAUACUCGUCCAGAUCCAUUUGGCAAUUUAUCUGAGAAAUUAGAAUAUCAUAGAAUCAAAUAUUAUGAUCAAUUCAUGCCAGAUAAUUAAAAAUUACUCAAUAAUCCACUUAAAUAUCUAAAAUAUAAAUUAGAUUGUUAAAAUAAAUUCAAUAUGGAGCAUUGUCUUGAUAGUUUAAUUAAUUAUUGA